GGGGAGAAUGGAGAUUGAGGUUAAGCAGUCUUAAAUCGAAUUUUUAUAGUUCUAAGUUGAAACCUAGCUUAUUCAUAGUAAUGGUUUGAGUUACAACUCGUGUUUCGUUGAGAAAUCUUUGUUUCACUGCAUAACGAUGAUUUCAUUUAGUUAUAAAUUUAAAGCAUAGGCCUAGUGAAUACUCAACAUGUCGCCAGUCAGGGAUAGAGAAUUCAAAUUUAAGGCUUACAAAUUAACCAGUAAAUACAGAAUGAACGAUCGAAGUGGAAGUAGAGACAAGGAUUCCAAUGUGUGGCCUAAACCUAGGAGUGGGCACAGAAUAGUUUGUGACAAUGUGAAUGUUUAUUCAUUUGGUGGCUAUAACCCAUCAUUGUCCGCAUGUGAUGAAAGUGACCUACUCAGUGAUAAUGUUUGGUCAGAUAGUAAGCCUUUAUUUAAAGAAUUGUGGAAAUACAAUAUAGCCACAGGCAUUUGGACGAAGAUGGAUGUUGAGCUUAUACCGGACAUUUUAGCUUCAAACGCUGUCCUUUUGAGUGGAAAUAUUUUGAUGGUUUACGGUGGAACUGGAGUACCCUUUGGUGCCAAUUGCAGUAAUGACCUAUUCAUUUGCGAUCUUUCAAAAAGCAAUGACCUUAAAUUUGAAGUAAUUGUUGCUCUAGGAAACAGUCCUCAGCCGCAAUAUGGUCAAGCGAUUCUGUUAAUUGAUGACUACUUGUAUACCAUUGGUGGGACCACUGGCUUUCAAUACUCUUGUGACAUUCAUCGCCUAAGCUUAAAGGAUGCAAUGUGGGAAGCUGUGUAUACUUGUAAGGGAAGUGAUAUUGAACCAACGGGAAGAUAUAGACAUGAGGUAGCAUACUUUGAACAAAGGAUAUAUUUACUUGGCGGUGGAACAGCUCAUGAAGCUUUUGAUUUUCAGACUGUUUUUGCAUUCAACCUGACUACAAACACGUGGGAAAAGAUGAACACGAGGCCUGACGACAAAGCGAGAGAAGUGUUUCCCUCCCGUCGCCGAUGCCACAGUUGUGUUCAGCGAGACCACUUUGUUUUUAUCAUCGGCGGGUUCACAGGUCAGUUGAUUCUCAAGGAUAUUUGGAGACUGGAUCUGAAAAACUAUCAGUGGGAGAAGCUUUCGAAAAUGUCUCUAAACAGAGGAGUGUAUUUCCAUUCCUCUUGCCUAACUCCCAGCGGUAAAGUGAUAACGUUUGGAGGAAUCGUUCAGUCUGAGAACACCAGUAAAAGAUCAGCUGACGUACACAUGGCUUGGCUUUGCAUACCGAAACUGAAAGAGAUAUGUUGGGAGGCAGUUAUCUCGUACCAUCGUGACUUGGACACUAUGACAGAGGAACAACUUCAUGCUCUGGGCCUGCCUCUGGAGUAUAUUAAUAGGCUUGACUUAAAAAGGAAGAUCAGAAUGUAGGCUAAUUAAUUUUUAACAAUGAUUUUUCAGUUCAAAUAGACUACUUGAGUUCAAAGUUUCAUUGAAAUAUUAUUCUGAUUGUGAUUUUUAUUGGUUAUAACUGUUAAAACCUGUUGAAACAAGUAAAUUUAGUGAUUAAAAAUAUCUACAAACCUGUCAUUGAAUACAGUUCUUUCACUAAUUAGUAAGAUAAUGGAUGCAUUGUCAAUAGGUAGGCUACUCUUCCAAUACAGUAGACUCUCUUAUCCAGGACCUCGGUUUAACUGGACUAAACUCGGCAGAAGUGACAUCUUUUUAACCGUACAAUUUUUAUCAGAACACUGGUUUAACUGGACUGGAUCGGUAGGAAGUGGGUGGUACUGAAACAACUUUUCUCGUGGUAGUGAUUUGAGACCAGCGAUCACGUGUGUACACAAUGCUCUCCCAAUAUGAUUGGGAUAAUUGGGUAUAAUAUAAUUUGGUUAGUUUUUGAGUUUCUGGUAAAUUUGAGGAGACAUCAAUUUAACCGGAAAACCCGCUAUCCGGAUUGGCCUCGGUCCCGAGGCAUCUGAUAAAGGGAGUCUACUGUAUAUUUAUGGCAGUCCUAACUACUCUUAAAAUAUAUAUUUUUUUCUGUAUUUUCCCUUUUAAUAAUUGAAUAAUUGUUAUUUCUAAAAAGUUUGUGUUAAAUACUGUACAAAUCGUGUGAUUUUGCUAGAUAUAUUUUAUCUAAGUUAUGUUUGUUGAUAUAUUUUUGAAUGUAUUAUAGUUGCUCAUUAAAUAUAAUUAAUAUAUUUUAUUGAAAUUAGAUGGAAUGAAUCUUUUAUCCAAAAGUCUAAGGUAGCACUGCAACUUUAGAAUUGAUAAGGAAUAAUAUUACGAAUCGAGAUGGGGACACUGACUAGGUUUGUAAUUGAAUACAAAUAUGAGUAUAGAAUGAGAAAACCUUGUGUCUUUGUUUUUCUACUGACUAGGUCAGUUGUUUCAUUAGCCAGGAUCAUUUUGUCCAACCAUCAGGUAGGCCAAUAACUGGAACCGGCUUCAAACCAUCAAACAGCUACUAACUUUUCUCAUGAUCUAACCGCCGACCUUUUGAUUACUUUGUGAACACUAUAACCACUAUAUUUCACCAACAACCCAGCUAUAUAUUAUAUAGAAUAUAAUAUUUAGACUGUACCCAAUUGUAACCCCUCUUGUUGCAAUAAAAUAAAAUAUAAUAAGUAAAAGUACCUACCACCAAGUAUUUGGUGCCUGUCUUGUUUAAUGAUGGUUACUAGUUCAAUCUCAUCCCUUUGUGUUUAGAUGACAAGUUGUUAGCUGUUGAUAAAAAACCGUCUUAAAUUUUCUUGGACUGGCUCGGAACAAUUGUAUUUUUGAAGCUGCUCAUUAGUUGUAUAACCACUGAAAAGACAUAACAAUUAACAACAACAUGUUGUGUAAAAGUAGUUUUGUCCUAAUGCUGCUGGCCUAUCAAGCGUUAGGGACACACGAGGGUAUUUUAUUUUGUCAAGCUGCUGUGCAAAAAACUGUGGAUCAGUUAAAUUUGGCUUUUUUGUCAAACUGUACUGGAUAUUUAAUGUAAUAAUUUUUUGCAUUAUGUAUAGGCCUACAUAUACAGGGUGUAUACAAAGUCCCGCACAGGCUUAAUAUUUUCUAAACGACAACAGAUAAAUCAAUAAGAUCUGGUACAUCAACACCACACUUAAAAAUCUACUUUUUCAAGGAACUAUGAAUUUUUGUUUCAUAUCAUGGGGGCAAGGAGUCAGAAGGAAAUCUUAAAUAGGAGCAUAUGCACAUCAAAUGAAAGGUCUUUUUAGUAGAAUACAAUGUCGCAAACCGCACUUCAAAAGGUUGAUCCUGAGCAAAAUGGCGGCCAUUCAAAGAUUUCUUGAAUCCGCCAUUUUGAAUUUUUGAACGACUGCCAUUUUUUACUCAGGCGUUCUUUUGAGCUUGAAUUUACGACAUUGUAAUCUACUAGUGAAGACCUUUGUGCAUAUCGACCCAUGCUUACGUUAACAAUUUUCUUACGAUUCCUAGGGCUGUGCCCCUGGGGAGUAAGCGUAUAAUAGCAAUGCAAAUUAAAUUAAUCUUUGAACAACUGUCAUUAUUGGCUCGGUUGUCCGUUUGAGUUCAAAUUUGCGGCAUUAUAUUCUGCUAGUAAAGACCUUUAAUUUGAUGUACAUGCCAACCUAUGCUUCUAUUUAAGAUUUCCUUCUGACUCCUUGCGGGACGUCCCCAUGAUAUGACAGAAAAUUGAUAGUUCCUUGAAAAAGUAGAUUUUUAGUUGUGGUGUUGAUGUACCAAAUCUUAUUGAUUUAUCUGUUGUCGUUUAGAAAAUAUUAAGCCCGUGUGGGACUUUAUAUAUACCCUGUAUAUAUAUAUAUAUAUAUGCCUAGUUGAAGCUAGAGGAAUUUUUUAUUUUUUUCUGAUCAUUCUGAAUACUUAAAAUAUUAUAUCUUGUUUUCGUAGUAAGAGAUUUUAAUAAAUGAGAAUAUGAAUAUCUUUGGAUGGUUUUAAAAUGUGUAUCAUAUAGAAUUGUGUUAAUAAUAUUCCCAAUUUAUGUUUUGUAUAGUAGGGAUAAUCUUUAUGAUUUAUUAAAUAACUGUAUAACAAGUGUGUAUUUUCAGAUGUAUGAUAUUGUAAACAAAGUAGUUAACUAAAGACAGUGAUAUAUUUUUAAACUAAGAGUGGUAUUUGUUAUUACUUUCAAGUGGACAGCCAUGCUGUUUACUCUAAAAAAGUUAAUAAUUUAUGUUAUUUGUGUUUUAUCAAAAUAUUGCACUCUAGGCCCUAUGUAUAUUUUGUGCGAUGAAAAUGUAAAA